AUGGAUUCGGUCAAUGUAACUUUGGAGAACCAGCUUCAGAGCGCCCAAAAGAACUUGCUCUUCCUCCAGCAAGAUCAUGCCAACACCCUGAAAGGCCUUCAUGCAGAGAUCCGCAGGCUACAGCAACACUGCACAGACCUGACAUAUGAGCUGACAAUGAGAAGCUCUGAUCCAACCGACAGCGGGGAGGCGCGCUGUCGGGAGCUGCAGAGGAGGUGCGAGGAGCUGGAGGCUCAGUUAAAAGCUAAAGAGCAGGAGAAUACAGAGCUGCUUCGGGAGCUGGAGCAGAAAAACGCCAUGAUUUCCGUGUUGGAGAACACCAUCCGGGAGAGGGAGAAAAAAUACCUGGAUGAGCUGAAGCUCAAGAGCCACAAGCUGGCUGUUUUGUCCGGGGAACUGGAGCAGAGCGCCAGUACUAUCGCCUACCUCACCUCCCAGCUUCACGCCACCAAGAAACGCCUGCUGGCGGGGGCCUCUUCAGACGGCAGUCCGGGCCUCAACCCCAUGGGGGCCUACAAACCCACCCCCCCUCCUCAGCAAGCGGCUAAAGACGCUCGCCAACCUGAGACGCCUCGGCGUCGCAUGCGCAAAAGCCUCUCGCAGCCGCUGCACUCGGAGUACGCCGAGCUUUAUCGGCUGGGGGCGACGGACGGGCGUAGGGUGGUCCUCCGUGACUCCCUGGAGGCCAUGCCGGACCCCACCCCCUUCCUCCAAGCCAGGGAGUCGCCCGACCCCCAGCAGGUGGUCCGAGAACGCCCCUCCGUGAUCCCGCCCAUUUCCUCGGAGCGCCCGCCGGCCCCGCCCCCUCAGCUGUCGAGCCCCGCCCACGCCCCAGCCCCGCCCAGUCCGCGGAACAGCCCCAUGAGGGAGCGGCAGCAGCAUCACCGUGCCAAUGCUCACGUGGGUGUGGCUCACCGAAUUCACCGUUCUCCCUCAGCGGGGGGGUCCCAGCGACCCCAACCGGAGUUAGAAUCCCUCGCCGUGGACCAGGUCAACGGCGACAAGGUGGUCAGAAAACGCUCAGGCACAGACCGAACUGUCUAA